AUGACCUCCCUAGCCGCCUCCACCGGCCUCUCAGGAGGUCCCGACCACCCAGCAGGCGGCGCGCGAAGCAGCAGCAGCAGUCCCGAGAGCCUGACAGGGCUAGAGCAAGAGGUGCUGGGCGAAUACGCGCGGCUGCUUGGGAAUCUGAAUAAUAUGUCUGCCAUACUGGCCGAGCUGGCCGCGAACCCGAGCGCGGAGAUCUUGGACGCGCUGAGGGGCCUCGAGAGGAAGACGACGACGGUGUUUACGCUGCUCAAGGCGAGUGUUUAUAGUAUCGUGCUGCAGCAGCAGAUGUAUGGCGAGGAGGAGGGGGGCGGUGGUUGA